AUGUCCGACUUCCCACCAACCGAGUCCAUUCCCAAACCAGAGGAACCUAAAGAACCACAACAGUCUCCUCAGCAACCUCAGUUCCAGCAAGUACCUCCGAAUUACUACCAAUUUCCACCUCAAGGUUACUACCCACCACAAGGCUUCCCGAACUACCCUCCUCAGCCUAUGCCUUACUGCCCCACCCUUGGUUGUUCCAGCAAGCUCCACCCCAGCAAUUCCAAUUCCAAUCUCAGUCCAAGUGAGACCAAGACUUCGAAGAAGGUCUGA